AUGUCAGGACUUAGCGUGAUGAUGGCGGGACAGACAAUAAACGAUAGGCUUUUAGCCGCACGCCACAGUAUUGCGGGCCAGGGUUUAGCAAAAUCUGUAUGUAAAGCCACAACUGAAGAAAUGAUUGCACCGAAAAAGAAACAUUUAGAUUAUCUAGUCCAUUGCACAAAUGAGCCAAAUGUGUCAAUACCACAGCUUGCCAACCUCCUAGUUGAGCGGACACAGAACACUAAUUGGGUAGUGGUUUAUAAGGCCCUUAUCACAGUGCAUCAUCUUCUAGCAUAUGGGAAUGAAAGGUUCACACAGUAUUUGGCGUCGAGUAAUUCGUCGUUUCAACUGAGUAAUUUUCUAGAUAAAAGCGGCGUUCAAGGCGCCGCCGGUGCAAGGAUUGGCUAUGAUAUGUCACCGUUUAUCCGACGGUACGCGAGGUACCUCAACGACAAGGCGUUGUCGUACAGGACUGUCGCGUUCGACUUCUGCAAGGUUAAGAGGGGGAAAGAAGAAGGCUCCCUUCGUAUGAUGAAUGCUGAGGAGCUGCUCAAAACUCUACCAGUGCUCCAGGCUCAACUCGAUGCUCUAUUGGAAUUCGACUGCACAGCCAACGACCUCACUAAUGGUGUUAUUAACAUGUGCUUCAUGCUGCUCUUCAGGGAUCUCAUCAGAUUAUUCGCGUGCUACAAUGAUGGUAUCAUAAAUCUGUUGGAGAAGUACUUCGAUAUGAACAAGAAGAACUGCCGGGACGCUCUCGACCUCUAUAAAAAGUUCCUUAUCAGGAUGGAUAGAGUCGGCGAGUUCUUGAAGGUUGCAGAAAAUGUGGGUAUAGACAAGGGUGACAUUCCCGACUUGACCCGCGCACCCAGCAGUCUCCUUGACGCCUUGGAAGGACAUCUUGCCACAUUGGAGGGGAAGCGCGGUUCCGCAGCUAACACUCCCACGCAGACGGCCAGUGCCCAAAAGAACGUAGCCAAUGUAAUGGGAGCUUUAUCAUCAACAUCAUCAUCGUUUGGCAACGCGGCUGCUUCAAGCCGUAUAGACUCGCAGGCCAAUGGGUCACUGUUUAUUGACGACUCACUACGUCAACAAGCACUCGCCGAAGAAGAGGCCGCUAUGAACCAGUAUAAGGUCCACUUAUUCCAAGGUGAAGAGGUGACUGGUGAAGAAGAUGUAACACAGAUUUCUCAACUAUUUGUAAGGAAUUUGUGGUUUGGGUAUUUGGGUCUCACAAUCAUGGGUCUCAUUGAGUCUUGGGAAUGGUUCUUGAAUAAAGUUGCUUCUCCAACAAACUCUGCAAACAACCCGUUCUUAUCAUCUCAACCACAGCAGUCCCAGAACAUUGUUGAUUUGUUUGGACCAACCCCGGUCGAAACAAAUACUACGAGCAAGGCCUCUGACGAUUUAUUGUCUCUUGGUAAUCCCUUCGCGGAUAUGUUCGGAGGUGGAGCGGCCCAACCGCAACAGCAACCGCUCUGGCAACAAAGCAACGGUUUCACGGCUAGCUUCCCUGCCGCAAAUGCAAAUGCGAACGCAACGAGCGCGAACACGUUCGUCUCUGAGGCUAGCUUCACUAACGUUUUCAGUAACACUGACACUACAGCUGCCGCAAACCCAUUCAUGGGUAUGGGAGACCCACAACCGGUAUCUGCUUCUCCUGCCCGACCCCCGCCCCCUAACGUCCAACCAAAGUCCGCUUUCGACGAUCUUGAAGACGUCAUGCGUAUGUCUUUGGGUGGUUCCCCGGCGAAACAGCAGCAGCCUGCCCCAAUGGCCGCUCAACCGUUUGGCGAUAUGGCGAUGCCAAUGCAACCAAUGGGUCAACAUGUCGGGCAACCUAUGGGUCAACCUGUCGGGCAACCUAUGGGUCAACCUGUCGGGCAACCAAUGGGUCAACAGAUGAUGUUCGGGUCGCCAGCGCGUCAGCCAAUGAUGCCUAUGGCAGCUAUGGGACAACAACAACAGCCAACCCAACCAAACAAAGUGUUAACUGGCGACUUGGAUUCGUCGCUCGCGCAGCUUGCUAAUAACCUGUCUAUCAACAAAACUGCCACUGCUCCCAAACCAAUGCAGUGGAGUUCGCCGAAGAAUGCAACAAAGCCUGGCAGUGGUGGCUGGAGUCCGCAGCCGAUGCAGGCCACAACUGGAGCUAACUAUAGACCUAUGGGCCCCGGCAUGAACAUAUCGCCAAUGCCACAUACGUUACCUCAUAUGUUCCACCCUCCACAUUAUGUUAUGCAACAACCGGGCGUGGUAAUGGGCAUGAAUGCGUCACCAAUGAUGAUGCCGGGUAUGAAUCCAAUGCGCCCGCCCGUACCACCACAACCAACAAACCACUUCACUUAA